CGGCACCUCUGGGUGCAUCCAUGGUGCGAUAACGAUGCAAUAUAUCCCGCAACAUGUACCUCCUGAACAAGCAGCCAACAAUCUCUAAUAUACCUUACCGAUAAGGCUAUAAGUGGUAGCCCGCACUCCUGUGUCUUCGCCGUAGUCGAACAUGCAGUUUGCCGUCGAAUCAUGGAUCUGGUAUACCUUCGCCGUGUCUGUUGUCUUUAUCAGACUCAUCUCAAGAAGUCUCCUCUUUGGAUCACUAAUGCGCCUGCAAUAUGAUGACUGGAUCAUGGGCAUUUUCGUCACGGGUUGUUACACAGUCUUGAUCGUGAUGGCCAACAUCGAAGCUAAAUCGCAGUCAAAUCUGCUCCCUCCAGGAUUCGACGUCAGCACACUCACAUCCGAGGAAAUAUCCGCCCGUGAAUAUGGAAGCAAGAUUGUAAUUGUGGUCGAGCAGAUGCAGAUUGCGGUCAUCUGGGCUUGUAAAGCUUGCCUGUUGAUAUUGUAUCAUAGGCUUACAAGAAUGGUUGCGUCUAAAGAGAAUGUCGCCAUCAAGCUGCUCUCCGCCUAUGUCGCUCUUGGAUUCGUGGUCAUGGAGAUCUUGUACUUUGCUGCUUGGUGUAGACCUUUCUGGCAGUAUUGGGCAGUCCCGACUGGGAGUUCCCAAUGCAACGCCCUAAUCGACCACCGCAUCACAAACGCAGUUUUCAACAUCUCGUCCGACCUUAUCAUGCUCUGCAUCGCACUUCCCAUGUUUAUCCGCAGUCUGCUCCCCCUUAAGCGAAAGCUAAUCCUUUGCUGCAUCUUCAGCUUAGGCGUCUUCGUUAUCCUAGCAUCCGUGUUGAACAAGUACUACUCCUUCGCGAAACCGUAUGAGCCAACAUGGAUCUUCUGGUACGCCCGUGAAUCCUCGACAGCGAUCAUUGUGGCAAAUUUACCCUUCACAUGGACCCUCCUACGCAAAAUCUUCAAUUUGGGUGCGUUUGAUGAACACCAUCCACCACCUCCAACCUACCAUUCAUCCAGAACUGCUGGCGGCAGGCGGACGCAACGCGGCCGCAGUGGCCAUGGAAGCGGCGGCGGCAGCGCAGAGAAACAACCUCACAGCCAUGGAAGCAACCAAAGUAGUAAAGAUAGCCAUUCGAUGAGCCUAAUUGGAUCUAUUUGCGCUGCGAAAGACCCCAAAGCUACGGCACCCAUUUCGGAUGAUAGCCAGCACAGCGAGAAUGGACUCCUUCAUGCACAGAUAACCGCCCAAGAUUUCGGGAAUGUCGACUUGGAGCUUGGAGACAGACCCUCUGCGCUCGGCCCUCGACCACUAUCCCCGGUAGCGUCAAGGGCGACUUCGGCGCGACCAUCGCUAGACGGCAGCGUCCACCAUUAUCCCAGUCUUGCUUCGCCACGAAAGGCACAUCUGGCUCCUUCGAGAGCCUCGAGCGUUGCUUCAGUGGAUCGAAGAGUGCUCAGGCCACUGAGUCCAAGCCGCAGUAGCCACGAUGGAACCGGCAUCGGAGCCCCGGUUGGAACGGGAGGAGGCAGAAGUGCGAGAGACCGAAAGAUGAGAGCUCGACUGAGUAACUAAUAUCUCCUAUGUUUGAUUACGAUUGAAUGAGUAUA